UAGAUAUUUUGUAAAAAUUUGUUAAAAAUGCAGUAAAAUGGCAACGCAAAAACCUGGCGAAUGGGCGAGUGCCCUGCUGGCACGAUUUGAAGAUCAGCUGCCAAACAAAAUCGGACCUUAUGGCACUCAGGCCAGGAUGAGCCAGGAUCAACUAGUGGCCUGCUUGAUCCACAUUUCACGCUAUCGUUUCUCACUGGUGAUAUCGGGUCUGACCAAAAUGCUGCAGCGUGUUAAUGAAGCGGCCCUACAAAAUCGCCAUGAACCAGAACGAUGCUACUUUGAAUCUCUGGUCAUAAUCUUGACCACUCUGGAACGAUGCCUUACCAAUCAGACCAAGGACACGGCACGGUUCGAGGAGGCAAUGAAUGUGAAACUAUUACUGAGAGAAAUUUCACAAUUUGUGGAUGUACAGAGCGAUAAUAAUCCAAAUGCUGCUCAGCUAAAGGCUUUGGCGUCAAAAGUUUUGUUUGCCUUAUCCCAGAAUCAUUUCUCAGCAGUGUUCAACCGAAUCUCGGCCCGCAUACAAGAGCUGACUUCGUGCACAGAAGAGAAUCCCGAUUACAACGACAUCGAAUUAAUCCAGCACAUUGACAUGGAUAUGUUGAAGCUGACAAAGCUUUUGCAGGAAACUAUUACCAAAUUUCGUUCAAAGCGUGCACCGCCUUUGAUUUUGCUAUAUUCAUUGGAGAAGGCCAUUUGGAAUUGGAUUGAAUAUCAUCCCCAAGAAUUUCAGGAUCUACAGCGAGGCACCAAUCGGGAUAUAUCUACGUGCUGGGAGCCACUGCUGGACUUUGUUGAAUAUUUUAAAACCGAAAACAAAAAGAGCAAAACUCUAGUCUGGCCUCUGCAAAUGCUGUUGUUGAUUUUAAAUCCAUCCAGCUUGGAGGCCACUGUCAAUGAGCUUCAACAAUCAGAGAAGGAGAAGGACAACAAGGAUAAAGCCCAAUCAAAGUCCACCCAAUCGGCCUCACGAGAUAAAGAUUUUUCCGCCAAGCAAUUUAUAGAAAGCAUUAAGCGAGGCCUGGGCCAGCAUUCGCCAUCAAAACAGGUUACAGAAUCAUCUGCCAUUGCAUGUGUCAAGCUCUGCAAAGCCUCCACCUACAUCAACAUCAACGAUUCGAAUAAUGUCGUCUUCAAACUGGUCCAAUAUUUUAUAAAUGAUCUAAAGGCUUUACUCUUCAAUCCUGCGAAGCCAUUUUCCCGUGGACAGGGCUAUAAUUUUGCAGAUAUUGAGCUAAUGAUUGACUGCUGGGUGUCAUGCUUUCGCAUCAAUCCGCAUAAUAUUGAGGCAUUAAAAGUGUGCCUAAAUCUAUCCUCGCCUCAGGCUUAUCAUUUUGUAAUUGUUUGCUCUCUGCUACGUUUGGCCCACAUCUAUGUGGACUUUCGUCUGCAGAAUAAAAAUCCCUUCCGCAUUGUCAACCAGCCACGUUUAUCCUGGUGGCCGCAAACGGAUGUUGUGCACUACCGUUCAGCGGAAUUGCGAGCUCUUUUCACGGAUACUUUAAACAAGGCCACACAAGGAUAUAUAGCGCAUACGCCAUUGCGAUACAUUACCUCACUGACACUUAAAUCUAAAGAUACCCAAAAGGGUCUAACUCGAGCCGAGGAAGGGCCAGCCCAUAAGAUGCUAUUACUAUUGCUGGUUAGGCUUAUUCACGCUGAUCCGACAUUGCUACUAAAUACGCAGGGAAAGGUUGCCCAUGAGGUGCAGAGCUCAACUUUGGAAUUAAUCAACGGAUUGGUCAGUCUAGUACAUCAAACAACCAUGCCGGAUGUCGCUCAAGAGGCCAUGGAAGCUCUGUUGGCCUUGCACGCGCCGGAGAAGAUUGAAGUGUGGAACCCAGAGGCGCCAAUCAAUACGUUCUGGGAUGUUAGCUCACAGGUUCUGUUCUCCAUAUCGCAAAAACUAAUCCAACAUCAGAUAGCCAACUAUACGGAUGUGUUGAAAUGGUUACGUGAAAUUUUGAUUUGCCGGAAUACGUUCCUACAGCGCCACAAGGAUUAUGCCCAUGUUGGUAGCCAAAUAGCGAUUUGUAAGCAGGCCCACAUCAAAAUGGAAGUGGUCUUCUUUAUGUAUUUGUGGAGCGUGGAUUUAGAUGCUGUCCUCACAUCGCUCUCAUGCUUUGGCCUUCUCUGUGAAGAGGCUGAAAUUUGUUGUAGCUCAGAUGAAUUGACAGUGGGUUUUAUUAUGCCAAAUUACCAUAUCUAUCAGGAGUUGGCACAAUUGUCAACAUCGGCUACAGAUACCCGAAUCUGCUUUUUUGAUAAUAGCCAUGGCAACGUUUUAAGUCGUCUCACACUGCAGAAACGCAUCAUGACUCUUUUAAGAAAAAUUGAGCAUUGUGUGCAUGGUGUUCAACCGGCCUGGGAGGAGACCUUUCGCAACUGGGAGGUGUCUAGCAAGGUGCUCCAAACGUAUCCUAAAUGCAAAGGAGAAGACGCCCAGGCCGAGGUUUUUCAUCGCGGCAUGGGCAAACGACGGGCAAGUCAUCAGAGUUCUGAACAUGAUCUUGAGGAACAAAUCAACGAAUGGGCCAACAUGACCUGGUUCCUUUUGGCUCUUGGCGGAGUUUGUUUACAGAAACGAAAUAGCAGCCGACAGAUUUUAGUGCAGCAAUGCCAGAACAAUGUUUCCCUUGGAUCUUUGGCGCAGAAUUCUUUAUACUCGAGUUCUACAAGUUCCGGGCACGGCUCAUUGCAUCCAAGUACCAUUUCGCUGACUGCCAUACCAGCAGCACCCCCACAAGAUUGUAGCUAUUGUCCUGUUACACAAUUUAUUGGUCAGCUUUUGCGCCUGUUGGUCUGCAGCAACGAGAAAAUCGGUCUCAAUAUACAAAAGAAUGUCAAGGAGCUAGUGGGAGAGGAGAUGUCCACCCAGCUGUAUCCCAUUCUCUUCGAUCAAAUACGGGCCAUUGUGGAGAAAUUUUUUGACCAGCAGGGCCAAGUGAAUGUCAAUGUUACCGACAUAAAUACCCAAUUCAUUGAGCAUAUAAUCUACAUAAUGAAAUCAAUUUUGGAUCCAAAGGCCAGCAAAGACCCUAAUAACGACCAACCAUCGCCAUCAGAGCAUUUGGGAGUGACCAGCAUUGAAGGUCUUAUGUUGGGCGUAGUCCGCUAUGCUCGCUAUCUGGACAUGACAGUUUUUGCCAUUCGAAUCAAAACGAAACUCUGCCAACUGGUGGAGGUAAUGAUGAAACGACGCGACGAUUUAGCUUUUCGACAGGAGAUGAAAUUCCGUAAUAAGUUGGUGGAAUAUCUAACGGAUUGGGUAAUGGGCACAUCGCACCAGAUUGCACCGCCCAGCUCAGCAGAUGCUUCCAUAUUGACCAACACCUCGUUGAUAUUUCGUGAUUUGGAUCAAGCCUGCAUGGAAGCAGUAGCGGCUCUUCUGCGGGGUCUACCCCUCCAACCAGAGGAGUCGGAUCGUGGCGAUUUAAUGGAUGCCAAGAGCGCCCUGUUUUUGAAGUAUUUCACCCUGUUUAUGAAUCUUCUUAACGAUUGCAUAGACAGUUCGGAGGCGGAGAAGGAACUGAAUAAUACCCCUCUAUUGCCACCAAGACCAAGAAUGGCUGCAGGCAAAUUAACAGCCCUACGGAACGCCACCAUACAAGCAAUGUCAAAUUUGCUGGGUGCCAACAUUGAUUCAGGUCUAAUGCACUCAAUUGACCUGGGCUACAAUCCAGAUUUGCAAACCCGAGCCGCUUUUAUGGAGGUGCUAACGCAAAUUCUCCAGCAGGGCACAGAAUUUGAUACUCUGGCUGAAACGGUGCUCGCAGAUCGCUUUGAGCAGUUAGUUCAACUCGUGACAAUGAUCAGUGACAAGGGUGAGCUUCCCAUUGCCAUGGCACUGGCCAAUGUGGUGACAACAUCACAAAUGGAUGAAUUGGCCCGUGUCCUAGUGACCCUUUUCGACGCCAAACAUUUGCUCUCACCAUUGCUAUGGAACAUGUUCUAUCGCGAGGUUGAGGUCUCCGACUGCAUGCAGACGCUAUUUCGCGGAAACUCAUUAGGCAGCAAAAUCAUGGCCUUCUGUUUUAAGAUCUAUGGGGCUAGUUAUCUUCAAAUGCUGCUUGAGCCACUGAUACGUCCGCUUCUGGAUGAACAGGAGGAAACCUGCUUUGAGGUGGAUCCCGCUCGCUUGGAUCCAAGUGAAGAUAUCGAAGAACAUCGCAAUAAUUUAAUUGCGCUCACCCAGAAGGUGUUCGAUGCCAUUAUCAAUUCAUCGGACCGUUUCCCGCCUCAGUUGCGUUCCAUGUGCCAUUGUCUGUAUCAAGUGCUAAGCAAACGAUUCCCAAAUUUACUUCAAAACAACAUUGGAGCAGUGGGCACUGUGAUUUUCCUCCGAUUCAUUAAUCCAGCCAUUGUUUCCCCCCAGGAGCUUGGUAUUGUAGACAAACAAGUUCACAGCUCUGCCAAGCGUGGACUGAUGCUUAUGUCGAAAAUCCUUCAGAAUAUAGCCAAUCAUGUGGAGUUCUCCAAAGAACAGCAUAUGCUCUGUUUCAAUGACUUCUUGCGCGAUCAUUUCGAAGCUGGUCGUCGUUUCUUUAUCCAGAUUGCUUCUGAUUGCGAGACUGUGGAUCAGACAUCACACAGCAUGAGCUUCAUUUCGGAUGCAAACGUUUUGGCUUUGCAUCGCUUGCUUUGGACGCAUCAGGAGAAGAUUGGCGACUACCUUUCUAGCAGUCGGGAUCACAAGGCAGUGGGCAGACGUCCUUUCGAUAAGAUGGCCACACUAUUGGCCUAUUUAGGUCCACCCGAGCACAAGCCAGUCGAUUCCCACAUGAUGUUCAGUUCAUAUGCUCGAUGGAGCUCCAUAGACAUGUCCUCAACGAAUUUUGAAGAAAUUAUGGUUAAACACCAAAUGCAUGAAAAAGAAGAAUUCAAGACAUUAAAGUCAAUGAAUAUUUUCUAUCAGGCGGGUACCAGUAAGUCCGGUUACCCCGUAUUUUACUAUAUAGCAAGGCGUUACAAAAUUGGCGAAACCAAUGGCGAUCUGCUCAUUUAUCAUGUUAUUCUCACUCUAAAACCCUUCUGUCACUCUCCCUUUGAAGUGGUAAUUGAUUUCACUCAUACCUGCUCGGAUAACCGAUUCCGUACUGAGUUUCUACAAAAAUGGUUCUAUGUCUUGCCCACUGUGGCCUACGAAAAUGUCCAUGCGGUGUACAUCUACAACUGUAAUUCGUGGGUGCGUGAAUAUACCAAGUUUCAUGAUCGCAUCUUGGCCCCAUUGAAGGGCAACCGGAAGUUAAUGUUCCUGGAGUCACCAAACAAACUCACUGAUUACAUUGAUGCCGAACAACAAAAAUUGCCGGGAGCCACUCUCUCAUUGGAUGAGGAUCUUAAGGUGUUUAGUAAUGCCCUGAAACUAAGCCACAAGGACACAAAAGUGGCCAUUAAAGUUGGUCCCACCGCCCUGCAGAUUACAUCAGCUGAAAAAACCAAAGUUUUGGCACACUCUGUUCUUCUCAAUGACGUCUACUAUGCUUCCGAAAUUGAGGAGGUUUGUCUGGUGGACGAUAAUCAGUUCACCUUGUCCAUCACCAAUGAGAGUGGCCAAUUGAGUUUCAUACACAACGAUUGUGAUAAUAUUGUCCAAGCCAUCAUACACAUACGAAAUCGUUGGGAACUUAGCCAGCCCGAUUCGGUGACAGUGCAUCAGAAGAUACGACCCAAGGAUGUGCCAGGCACAUUGCUAAAUAUGGCUCUACUCAACUUAGGAUCGUGUGAUCCGAAUUUGCGGACGGCUGCUUACAAUUUACUUUGUGCGUUGACUGCCACCUUUGACCUGAAGAUUGAGGGACAACUACUGGAGACCCAAGGUCUGUGUAUACCAUCCAAUAAUACCAUAUUUAUCAAAUCGGUUAGCGAGAAACUGGCCACCAAUGAGCCACACUUAACGCUGGAGUUUCUUGAAGAAUCAAUUCAGGGAUUUCAACGAAGCACCAUUGAACUGAAACAUUUAUGCUUGGAGUACAUGACGCCCUGGCUAAAGAAUCUAGUUAAAUUUUGCAAAUCCAAUGACGAUGCCAAAAAGUUGAAGGUGUCGCAAAUUUUGGAUAAACUAAUUUGUCUUACCAUUGACCAAAAAGAGAUGUAUCCCUCGGUGCAGGCGAAAAUCUGGGGAUCUGUUGGACAAAUACCAGAACUAAUUGACAUGGUUCUGGAUAAUUUUUUGCACAAGUCCAUUACCUAUGGCUUGGGAUCACCGCAGGUGGAGAUUAUGGCCGAUACUGCUGUGGCUUUGGCCUCAGCCAAUGUCCAAUUAGUUUCCAAGAAGGUGAUUACCCGCAUGUGUCGAGUGAUGGACAAAUCCUGCACAAACCCCACCCAAUAUCUAGAACAGCACAUGAUGUGGGACGAUAUUGCCAUUUUGGGACGCUAUCUACUUAUGUUGUCCUUUAACAAUUGCCUAGAUGUGGCCACCUCAGUGCCAUAUCUCUUCCACACAAUUACAUUUCUAGUCUGUUCGGGUUCUCUAUCCAUGCGAGCUUCCACCCACGGCCUGGUGAUCAAUAUUAUUCACUCACUUUGUACCUGCACAAAUCCUUCAUUCUCGGAAGAGGCUCAACGCGUCUUGCGUCUAUCAUUGGAUGAAUUCUCUCUGCCAAAAUUCUAUUUACUUUUUGGCAUCAGCAAAGUUAAGUCUGCUGCAGUCACCGCUUUCCGCUCCAGUUGUCGUCACCCCACAGAUAAGUGGCUAGGAAAUGAACGAGUAACCCAACCCCUGCCCGCUGAUCGAGAACGUUUGUCGCUGCCCUCGCUGGAAGUAAUCACAGAUGCAUUGCUUGAGAUCAUGGAGGCCUGCAUGCGCGAUGUUCCUGACUGCGAAUGGCUUAACAUUUGGACUUCAUUAGCACGUAGCUUCGCCUUCUGCUAUAAUCCCGCCUUGCAACCCCGAGCCCUAAUUGUUUUUGGAUGCAUUAGCAAGAGUGUAACGGAUCAUGAAGUGAAGCAAUUGCUUCGCAUACUAGUCAAGGCUCUAGAAUCGUUCAAUGAUUUAAUUCUGAUUGAGGCUUUGGUCAUGUGCCUGACCCGCAUUCAACCUCUCUUACGUCCUGAAUCGCCCAUACAUCGAGCUCUAUUUUGGGUGGCCAUCUCAGUGCUGCAGCUAGACGAGAUUACCCUUUAUGCUGCUGGUCUGGCUCUAUUGGAACAAAAUUUGCACACGCUUAAAUCCCAAGGAUGCUUUGACAAAACGGAGACUAUAGCCGAGGUUAUGAUGCAGACGCGCGAAAAGUUGGAAUGGCAUUUCAAGCAACUCGAUCAUGCCGUCGGUCUUUCAUUUCGCAGUAACUUCCAUUUCGCUUUAGUAGGACAUCUCAUAAAGGGUUUCCGUCAUCCAACGCCAACCACUGUAUCCCGUACAUCGCGUGUCCUCACCAUGUUAUUGGGCAUAAUUGCCAAGCCACUGCAUCGGGACAAAUUCGAAGUCACGCCGGACAGUGUGGCCUAUCUUACGGCUUUGGUAGCUGUCUCAGAGGAGGUUCGAUCUCGUUGUCAUGUGAAACAUGCUCUACCCCGCUGGCCAGCCGAUUUAGGUGGCAGUGUGGAGAAUGGCGAACUAGCUAAUGGUGCAAUGCAGGCCAUUGGUCAGCCUUUGUCACGUCGGCAGAAAAGCUGGGAUAUACUCGAUCAAUCGGCAUUACAAUUCGCCCGCCAGCACAAAGUACCCACACUUCAGAAUGCGCGAGUUUUAUUCAAAACUCAACGUUCGUUUUCGGUACCCACGACCAAAGAUCCGAAUAAUGCAACCGGCAUCGAAGAACGUCAGGAACGCGGUUCUCGUUCUUCAGUGUCGAAUGAAUCGAAUGUUCUGCUUGAUCCAGAAGUGUUACCCGAUUUGUCUAUCCAAGCCUUGGUCCUUACUGUUUUGGCCACUCUAGUCAAAUACUCAUCAGAUGAGGGUGAAACACGUGUCCUAUAUCAGUAUUUAGCCGAAGGCUCUGUCGUCUUCCCCAAAGUGUUUCCCGUAAUUCACUCCUUAUUGGAUCAGAAGAUCAACAAUAUAUUAUCGGUGUCUCAUGAUCAAGUUGUACUGAACUCUGUGCAAAAUAUCAUACAGAAUAUGCUGGCUAGCGAAGACCCAUCGCAACAGCAAUUGCAUUUCCUGCAAAGCUGCGGAUUUGGUGGUCUGUGGCGUUUCGCUGGACCAUUUACCAAGUACAACAUGAUGGGGGAAUCUUCUGAAUUAUUUGUCAACUGUUUGGAAUACAUGGUGGAAACAUGCUUGCCAGGAGAUGAAACAGCUCCGGUUCCACCCUCACCGCGUCCCUAUAAUCUUAGUUCAAGCUUGAGUAGCCUGACCUUGGGUUCUCCAACGGAUAAGGCAUUCUCAUCGGAAUCAUUAGAUUUUUACGAUAAUUGCGCGGGCAGCGUUAGCAGCCUACGUCGCGCCUCACACAGCAAAUCACGCGCCAAACAUCGAAUUAACGAAAGUCCAUCGCACAGCAAUAAUUAAUACAAAAACAUUCGCAUAUAACCAAACACAAA